GCUAAUCCUUGAAUGAUCAGCAGCAAACUAGACCCCUCCCUCGGUACACAUGACAAAAUACAGGGAUUGGGCUGCAGAGACGGGAGAAGGAAGGCCAGUUUGAAGCUUCACUCCCCCUUUCUUUCCUGUGCACAUCUGUUGCUGAGGAGAUGGAGGUCUUGAUUCCAGACUUCAUUGUUUCACAGCAUGGCGAGCUGCAUCGCUGGAGCUUACUGCUGAGACUUUGAAAGAAGAUAUCUCCUUCACUGGAGAUGUUCUCUUAAAGUUACUGUUUUUUCUUUUUUUCUUUUUACUCCAAGGGAUGUCCCGGUGUUGGUGCAGGCAGGUCCUGCUUGGUGUGGAAGUGGGCAUUGUGGUGGUGGUGCUGUUGCUUCUGCUGGUCGGUGCUGCAGGACAGAGCCAGGGCGGUAGGGAAGCUGGGUCGUCUUGCUAUGGAGGAUUUGACCUUUACUUUGUGUUGGACAAAUCUGGCAGUGUGCAACAUUACUGGAAUGAAAUUUAUUACUUUGUGGACCAUCUGGCUCAGAAGUUUAUCAGUCCUCAGCUGAGGAUGUCUUUCAUCGUCUUUUCAACUCAAGGACGGACAGUCAUGCCGCUAACAGAAGACAGAGAGCAAAUACGAGCCGGGUUGGCGGAGCUCCGAAUGGUCCAACCGGGCGGAGACACCUACAUGCACCUUGGCUUCGAAAGAGCAAGUGAGCAAAUUUACUACGCGACAGGUGAUGGCUACCGGACAGCCAGCGUCAUCAUAGCCUUGACAGAUGGCGAACUGAGAGAAAAUCAAUUUGAUCUGGCUCAAAGAGAGGCAAGCAGAGCUCGACAGUUGGGUGCCACUGUGUACUGUGUGGGAGUGAAAGACUUCAAUGAAACCCAGCUGUCAACCAUCGCCGACAGCCAGGACCAUGUCUUCCCCGUGACAGAUGGAUUUCACACCCUGCAAGGGGUCAUUGACUCGAUCCUGAAGAGGUCAUGCAUUGAGAUUCUGGCUGUUGAGCCCUCUAGCAUCUGUGCAGGAGAAUCUUUCCAGGUGGUAAUCAGGGGAAAUGGUUUCCUCCAUGCCCGUGAUGUGCAGAAAGUCCUCUGCAGCUUCCGCAUCAACGACACAGUGACUUUUAUGAAAAGGCCUUUGGUGGUGAGAGACACCUACCUUCUGUGCCCAGCUCCCAUUUUGGAAAAAGAAGGAACGGCCGCCACACUCCACGUCAGCAUGAACAAUGGCCUGAGUUUCAUAUCGAGCUCCGUCACCAUUACUGCUGUCACUUGUUCUGACGGGACCUUUGUGGCCAUUGCUCUGCUCAUCCUGCUGCUCCUGCUCAUCAUUGCUCUGCUGUGGUGGUUCUGGCCUCUCUGUUGCACUGUGCAGGUCAUUCAUGAGCCACCUCCACCACCGAUAGACGACGACUUUUCUGAUGAUGAGGAUGACUUUCACAAGAAGAGAUGGCCCACAGUGGACGCCUCGUACUACGGAGGCCGGGGCGUUGGAGGCAUCAAAAGAAUGGAGGUCCGCUGGGGUGACAAAGGCUCGACUGAGGAGGGAGCCAAGUUGGAAAAAGCUAAGAACGCUCGGGUUGUGAUGCCUGAAGAGGAACCAGAGCUGCCUCCUUCAUCGCGGUCAUACUACCAAAUGCGAAAACCCACACACCCUCACAAGUGGUACUCUCCCAUCAAGGGCAAACUGGACGCUCUGUGGGUUUUCCUGAGACGAGGCUAUGACAGAGUGUCAGUUAUGCGACCUCAUCCUGGAGACAAGGGUAAGUGCAUCAAUUUCACCCGGACUAAGUCCUACCCGGCGCCUCGCUAUCCCAUCUACAAGCAUCCCUCCUCGCCCAUCUACACAUUGCCCCACGGUGGCCAACGCCCCCCCUCAGACGACGUCUUCACCUUGCCCCCCUCGCCCACCUCCACUCUCCCCCCCUUGCCCCACUCGUCUCCCCCACCCCUCAACAAGGCCAGGUCCCUCUCAGUACUCUCCUCGCCCACCGGCUCCCUGCCUCCCCCACCUCAGGGUCCGCCUCCCUGUAGAGCCCCACCUCCAUCACGCCCACCGCCACGCCCCAAUCAGGACGACCACUGGUGCUGAAGAACUCCAGAAUAGUUAAGUUUUCUACUUUCUUUUAAAAAUAGGGGCUGAUGUGCAAUGAACUGCUUUUUACUCGACUUUUUAGAGAACCUUUUUCUUCAUGCCUUUGUAAAGUGUGAAACAAGUGAUUGUUGCAUAACAUCGCUGUCCAAAGAUAAACAGAUAAUAUAAUUUGCUCUGAGGUGGAAAUGACCCGUUCAAGUGUCAUACCUGUCAGCGUCACACCCCCCUAUACAGUUAUGCAAAUGUUAAGUAGCAUUUUAACAUCCUUAGCUGUCCUGCAAGUGUAAAAAGAAAGUUAACCACCUUAAUAAGAUUAUGUCAAUACGAUAAAACAGUCUAUAAAUACUAACUUAUGGUCUCAUGUAUUUAAUGUUCCAACGUUUAACGUCACAAAAGUAUAAAAAGAAGCUAACCACUAAAGUCUUGUAAAAACAACAAAAUGUGACAAUGCAUACAAAGGCUAGGAAGUCAAGCCGGCAACUUUUGAGGCACAUUUUCCCUAAAAUUUUGUCCUUACUGAAUUGUAAUUCAUAUUAUGAAUUACAAUUGUUGAGUAGUGAUUUUUUAAAUGAAAAAAAUUAGGACUGUCAAAUGAUUUAAAAUUGUAAUCAUUGUAAUUGUAAAUUAAUCACAGGAUUCCACUUCCACUAUUUGCAACUAUGUGUGAAAUACGGCAAUUUUUACUGUAUUUUAUGAACAAAAAGAUAAAUGACAGGACACAAUUCCAUAUACAUUUGUAUGUAUUAACAGCUACAAAUGAACGAAAAAUUUCAUUAUACUGUAACUAUAACAGUGUUAUUAUCAGCCAUGAAGAGUUGCAUCCAAAGAAACCAAGUCAUUUAAGAUGAGUUCACGUUUUUAGUGUAGCUUGUAUUUCUGAGCAUACUUAAAUGCAUCAAUUUAUACUUCCACAGUAAAAGCUGGUUAGUGAGUGAUAAAAAUAUCCACUUAUUGUUUUUCUUUGUCCUUCUGUUUAUUGAGACCACAAAUUCGAGCAUAGUUAAGACGUUAGUGUGAUUUUCGGAGUGUGCAUGAAUGCAUCUUGCGGCCGUCUGGUGACAAUGAGGAAGCGUCGUUCCGAGGAGGACGAGAGAGGUGUUUUGUGAGUUGGAGCUUAAGGAAAGCUCUUCUGGUGGAAAUGUGCCGAGGAAAAGAAAAGCCAUCACCAUGGAAGUGAAAAUGAACAUCAUAUCUCUGAGAGAGAAGAAACACCCACCGAUAUUGGCAGCAGUUUUGGUAUUGAAC